UAUCGCUGCGACCUAAUGCCGGAGUUGGGAAUAAUGCGCCUGGGGAAUGUGCGGCAUUAGCAGUCUUGCACAGAGCUUAGAGCAAGAGACGUCCAAACGCGCAGUAUCAUCUGUUGAUAGGAUUGGAGACAAGCGCAUUAUCAUGUGCGACACUUGGAGUGCCGCCACGGUCCGAUUUGCAGGUGAAUUUUGAGGAGAUUGAAAUGAUUCCAAAGUCAGGAAAAUCUCCAGCAGACUCAAGGAAAGCUGUCGGCAUCCAUGAGUUUGCGGCGCUCGCCAGAUCCUCCUUAAAUGGUAUCUCUCAGGCAGUGAGGGACCAUGUAACCAAGCCCACCUCCCUGGCUCAGGGCCGGGUUGCUCACCUGAUAGAGUGGAAGGGUUGGCCCAAAACCACAGACCCGCCACCAGCCACCCACUCCCACUUCAGCUCCUACUGCCAUCUGACUGAAGGAGAGAAGGAGGCCCGCUUCGCUGCAGGAGUGGCUGAGCAGUUCGCCAUUGCUGAGGCCAAGCUGCGCGCCUGGGCAUCUAUGGAUGACGACGAGGAAGAGGAAGAAGACUCCAACGAUGAGGACGCCAGCACCAAUGGACAGACGCACACGUUUUCCAGCCAGAACUCAGACACCGCUACAUCCAAUCCCAUCUCCGGAAUGCCAUGCCAGGCUGAGACUGACAGCAGCGAGCCUCCACCCUCCAACAGUCCCAUGGGCUCCAGUAGCAGCAGCAGCAGCCUGCUCUGCGGUGGGUCUGCAUCUCACAAUGACCCACAUUCAUCCCAGACCGAUUCACCUACUUUACACAGCGAACGCGUGAGACCGUUCCUGGAGGAGGAGGAGGGGCUGGUCCGUCACGAGGAGCAGCCGACUCCCCCUGUGGUUUGCGUUCACCACAAGCCCGAGUGGAGGCCUCGGGGCAGGAGCAGCAGGUUCGACUCCUGUUACUCCACCUCCCACUCGGAGUCCCCUGGCGAGGAGGAGGAGGAGGAUGAGGAAGAGGAAGAGGAAGGGAGCGUAUUCCAUGAGGUGCGGGUGUGGCAUUGUGGCUCACGAAGCUUCUUCUCUGACCGGGCUUCCUCAGGAGUGGCGUCUUUCGAUGAAGAAGAAGAGGGGGAUGAAAUAGAGGGGAGGAAGGAAGAGAAGGAGCAUUUGAUGUGAUUUUGAGUGUCCAUCUUUAUAGGUGUCUCUUGGAGCCUCUGUUGAUUCGUAACAUAACCAAUUCUGCUUUCUUCCUGUUAACCUCUCUCCAUGUUUCCUUUCCACCCCCCGUUUUCCUCAUCCUCAACCCAUCCCUCCUUUUCCUCCUCAAAUAGCUUCUCCUUGACUCUGGCUUUCAUCUCUCAUUCUCAAAGCCACAUCUGUACUGUUAAGUACAUGCCCUCCCCCCACUUUGCUCUUUAUCAUUAAUUGCUGCUGUAUAUAUUGGAGAAACCCGAAUGUAAAGCUGUUGUCCAAACUAAGUUUUGUACAUUUCUGUGAAGAGUCAUGUGUUGCUAUUGCAUUGGUUUUUUAUGGAAAUUUUGUAGUGUCGUUUUUCUGGGUCAUGCUGUGUCAUGUAGGGUGGGCUAUGUUUGAUACUGAAUGUCUGAAUG